CCGAGCGUGUCUCCCGCCGCGCGCUGGGAUGGCGGGCAGCAGUGCGUGCUGCACGAGGUGACUCGCUUCCACACCCUCGCCGCCAUCCUCAUCCGCUAUGCCGCCCAGGUGUGUAGCGGGCAUCAAGAAGGCGAACCGCAUUUCGGCGGACUCGCAGAUGUUCGUCUCUAUUCCAUAUCUCCCUCCUUUCAUAUCUCCUUCCUGUCACAUUCUCCCCCUUCUCUGUCCGUGGGAUUCCAUGAGAGCGGCUUGCGCUUCUACGACGUGGCGGCGGGCAAGGGCAGGCUGGCGGAGCAGGGCGACCCCGUCGUGGUGCACUUUGAUGUGACGUAUCGCAGCCUCACGGUGGUGUCCAGCCGUCAGUCCAAGCUGCUGGGCGGCAACCGCGUCAUCUCCCAGCCAUACGAGUUCUCACUAGGCGCCAAGCCGGGCGCGGAGAGGAAGCGUGAGUACGCGGAGUCGGCCAACGGGCUCUUCUCCGCGCAGGCGGCCCCCAAACCGCCCCGCGCGCUCUACAGCGUGGUGGAGGGCAUGCGCGAGGGCGGCAAGCGCACAGUGAUUGUGCCGCCGGAGCAAGGUUACGGUGACAAGGGCUUCGCUGAAAUCCCUCCGGGCGCCACCAUCCAGCUCACAGUGGAGCUGCUCGAGGUCAAGGCCCCUCCCUCAUAG